AACUUCCCGUCAGUCAUUUUGUUCAGUGGCUGAUUUCUAUGGUCGACGAUAUCGUUAAAAAUCUUUAACAUCGGCGAGUAAUUCUCAAAGUGACAUUAUGAGUUCUGGAAUGCCUGAAUUGGGCUCCAAGAUAAGCCUAAUAUCUAAAGCAGACAUUCGCUACGAAGGCCGGCUUUUCACCGUUGAUCCUCAAGAAUGUACCAUCGCUUUGGCUAGCGUGCGCUCGUUCGGUACGGAGGAUCGUGAGACACAGUACCCUGUUGCACCACAGAGCCAGGUGUAUGACUACAUCUUGUUCCGUGGUUCUGACAUCAAGGAUAUUCGAGUGCUGAACAAUGUCCCCUCCAUACCCAAUGACCCGGCUAUCAUGCAGAUGUCUGUGCCACCCACACUGGGUGCGGGCAGCGCACCGGGCCAGUUCACGGGCCAAUACAACCACCCCGUGGUCGGGCAGGCGCCUUACCCCCAGUACCACCCGAUGGCAGGAUUUCCGGGAGGUGUCCAUCCCCAGAUCAACAAGACCAGUGAGUUGUCUCCGCAAACCUCAGUGGAGCUGGCACCCCAGCCCCCGCCUGUCACGGGUCCGAUUGGCUCAGGAGUGGCGCAUCACGCCAAUCAAGUGAAAGACCAAGGCUCAAUGCUUGAUCUUAUUGGAGGAGGAUCUCAGCAAAGCGCGUCGCGGUCAGGUACGCCGGCCGUGGGCGCGCACAGGAAGAGCCCUACUGCGGACCAGGGCACGCAGGUCGGCUCUGUGGCUAGUGGGUCUAGCCAGCAGCGAGACAGCCGACGCAACAGCAACGGUCAGGCGCAGAAGGGUCCGGGAAACCGUAACCGCACGAACUCACGCAACCGGCAGCGCUACCCCAGCGGCGGCGCCCCAUCCACGCACCAGCCGCAGCACCAGGGCCAGCAACACUCGCAGCAACAUGCGCAGCACAGCCAACACAGUCAGCCCUCCACCAACCAGCAGGCACAUCACCAUCACCAAGCUGGUAACUUCUCUGGAGCCGGACAGGGCUACAACCGUGGCGGUUGGAGAGGCCGGCCCCGUGGUCGCGGUCGUGGUUUCGUUCCCCGCAACAAGAAUACCCUGAAGUUCGACAAGGAUUAUGACUUUGAGCAAGCUAACACUGAAUUUGAGGAGCUACGUAGCCAACUUGCCAAGACUAAGAUAUCUGAUGGAGAGGUGAAAGUUGAGGAGUCUGAAGUAAUUAUUAUAACGCAGGGUGAGGUUGACAAGAAGGAUGACUCUGGAAAUGAGACUGGUGCGGGUGAACCCGAAGUUGAUGAAGACCAGAAUGGUUAUACAGGAUAUGACAAGAACAAGAGUUUCUUUGACAACAUCUCCUGUGAGGCUGUUGAGAGGUCUAAGGGCAGGAGCCAGCGAACAGACUGGCGGACGGAGCGCAAGUUGAAUUCUGAGACGUUCGGCGUGGCGUCCGCGCGCAGGGGAGCGUGGCGCGGCCGCGGGGGCUGGCGUCAUCACAACCCUCAGCAUCAACAGUACGCUAACUACGUACACAGUUUCUCAGACGACGGUAGAUGGCGUGCGAUGCGCGGUGGUCCCCGUGGCGGCCCGCGCGGCGGAGGGCGAGGUCCCCGGCCGGCGCCCGCGCCCGUCGCGCAGCCCUCCACCACGCAACCGCAGCCCGCACCCACUGCGGACCUGAAGACGUCUCUUUUUCUUCCGGUUGUCAAGAUGGGUAUCGACAUCAACCAUAAACACGACAGGAAAGUUAGGCGCACCGAAGUCAAGUCUCAGGAUGUGUACCUGAGAUUGCUUGUAAAACUAUACAGGUACUUGGCUCGCCGUACGAACUCUAAGUUCAACACGAUCAUUCUUCGUAGGCUGUUCAUGAGCCGUAUCAACCGACCUCCACUAUCGUUGUCUCGGUUGGCCCGUCACAUGAAGAAGCCUACUCGCGAGGGCAUGAUUGCCGUCGUGGUAGGAACCAUCACCAAUGAUGUGAGGCUGUACACGGUGCCCAAGAUGUCAGUUGCUGCUCUGCACGUCACCGAGAAGGCCCGUGCCCGCAUCUUGGCCGCUGGAGGAGAGAUCCUGACAUUCGAUCAGCUGGCUCUGCGCGCCCCGACUGGCGCUAAGACCGUUCUGCUGCAGGGACGCCGCAACGCCCGUGAGGCCGUCCGUCACUUCGGCCCUGCUCCUGGAGCACCUCGCUCGCACACUAAGCCUUACGUGCGCACCAAGGGACACGAGCGCGCACGGCCACGCCGUCGCUCUAACGUGUAAUCUUUAAAUAUAAGGACUACAAAUCUAA